AGCGCAGAAAUCACGAUGCCUCGCGCCGGUAUCUUUGUACUGUUAUGGUCGCUGAUGACGUGCUCGCUUGGAUUCACAAUGGACCGUUCAGCGCUUGUAUUGUCCACGUGGGACACGGCACCGUCUUUAGACACCUAUCGAAGGAUACCCGUGGAGUCCGCGUCGAACAGCAAGAUACCGACGACGAGUACCGACAAGUCCCGGCCAGCUGAGGAUGCAAAGGUGCUGACGAAAAUGAAAGAAAGCAUGCAGGAGAAUCAGACGCGCGAGAGGAGAUCGACGACGGAGAACAUCGAAAUAAAAUUGAUCGGUGAUGUAGCUUCAACAGCGAGGAACAACGAUUCUUUGGGGGAAAGCAACGGUGCCCUCGCUGCCCCCCGCAAUGUCGUAUUGCUCUUGAUCGAUGACAAGGAUCUUGAUAAGAAUAGGAAAGAGAAUCCAUGGCUAGAUCUCACGGAGAUGUCGCUGUUCACUGUCCAAGGAUCUCUCCAGAGCUGCGACGAUAAGGUCGGGACCAUCGAUAUCUCGUCGGAGGACGUUUUGCUUUCUGAGGACAAGGAGAAGGACUGCGAUUGCGAGCGUCUGCUUUAUUCGAAUAUCGGGGAGCUGUUGUCUUGGGCGAAGUACACGAGACAGAUGGCCACAGGCGCAGUUUCCGGCAGCAAGUUCAACACUCCGUUGCUUCUUGAUUACGUUGCCGCUUCAAGCGACAUUUUGACCGGGCUGGACGGGUUCAAUGAAGGUGAUGCAAAGUUAGAAUUACGCAAAAGCAAGACUGAUUCCAGCGACUCGUGGCAAGCGUUAGAUCUCGGUAGUCGAGCGAAAUUUAUUCCCACUUUGGUGGCACCUCAGAGAGGGGACACGACGAAUUACGACGGCGCAUGGGAUAUCUUUGACGUCCUCUCCAAAAUAAAAAUGGCUUUUUUCCGCUCUCUCCUUGAAUCGUUAGGUAGAAAAGAUGGCACGUUCGAAGAUAAGUCUUCACCACGUACAUCGUUUCCUCUCAAGCCAACUGUCGUCAAUCUGAUUAGAAGUAUAAUCAGUGAACUCAAGUUCAUUUCAAAGCACAAAGGUUACACGUUGAUUGCUGUUGUGCCAAGGAACGAGCAAGUCGUCGUCAUUAACCUCCUCCAGCGCGAAAUCUCCGCGGAUACGCUGUUAGUAGUGACAGAAACUUGCUCUGGAAACAACAAGUCCAUCGUUCCGUUUGUCGCGCGAGGGCCGAAUGAGCAGAUUCUCCGGCAGGCCAGGACGAUCUGGCAACUUCCGGAGGCGAUCAGGAACGCGACCGCAGGAGGCUGUCACGAGCCGAGAUGCCCGCCGAGUCGGCAAAGGCGCGACGUGCCGGCCGUCUCACGUGCGCCGACCGAGAUUUCCGCGCGAAAAUCGCCAACGUGGAAGCGCGUUAUCAGAGACCAGAACGCCGCUGAAGAACUUAUGUUGCUGAUACAACCUACAGAUGAGAUGUCCAAGCAGAUACGGGUGGGUCUGAAUGAGAAUCCAAUGACCCGCGACAAGGACGUCGAAAUUAUCAAAGAGUGGCUCGCUAAGCAACCACACUUACCUCACUUCGAUGAUGACCAAAGAAUAAUGACGUUCCUACGAGGCUGCAACUUCUCCCUGGAGAGGUGCAAAAAGAAGCUGGACAUGUACUUCACGAUGCGCGCCGCCCUCCCCGAGUUCUUCGCCGAUCGCGAUGUCACGAGGCCAGUGAUGCAGGACGUAGUGAAAGUUGUACAAGUGCCCGUGUUACCAGGCCUCACGAAGGAAGGAAAUCGAGUGGUCCUGAUGCGUGGAGUCGAUAAGGACCUGCCGACUCCCAAUGUCACAGAAGCCAUGAAGCUGGUGCUGAUGAUCGGCGACGUGCGCCUCAGGGAGGAGUCUCACGGGGUAGCUGGCGACAUUUACAUCCUCGACGCUGCGGUCGCGACGCCUACGCACUUCGCCAAGUUCACGCCGCCCUUGGUGAAGAAGUUUCUGGUUUGCGUGCAGGAGGCUUACCCGGCGAAGCUCAAGCAGGUGCAUGUGGUCAACGUCAGUCCCUUCGUCGACACGAUUCUCAAUUUCGUCAAGCCGUUUCUCAAGGAGAAAGUACGCGAGCGCAUCUUCAUGCACAGCAAUAUAAACACGCUUUACGAAUACGUGCCCAAGGAUAUCUUGCCGACCGAGUAUGGCGGAGACGCCGGACCCAUCCAGGUUAUACAUGAAAAGUGGCUGAAGAAGCUGGAGGAAUACAAGCCGUGGUUCGCGCAGCAAGAAACCAUGAAGGCCAACGAGAGCUUGCGACCGGACAAACCAAAGACGCACGAUGACUUGUUCGGUCUCGACGGAUCCUUCCGGCAGCUGAUGAUCGAUUAAAUCGAAGCACAAGCCUCCCCUGUCCCUCCGGGGAAGAGUGUAGCGACAACGUAAUCGUCGCCAACGGCAGUCGUUAACCGAAUCGUUCGUUCGCGUGGAGAGCAGAAACUUCGAGGCCGAUCGAUCGCGAAACUCCGCCACGUGACGACAACAUGUAAUGCAAUGUACUUCCGUUUUUCGAGCGGCUAUAACCGGAGCGUGAACGAUUCGUGCCCGGAAUACGCGAACGAACAUAAUCCACACGAUAAUGUCUGGAAAUGUGAGGAUACGAAGCCGGACGAUAGAACCCCGGGCGGGGGCAAUUCUGGGAGGUAAAACGCUCGUCAGCAUCUUCACCAUGCGCGGUUAUGUCAAUAAUAGUGCUUUACCAAAAAGGCUCCUUUUGCUCUCGCGCAAUUACCACGCUGAUCGGAUAAACAGCUAUACAUCUUCCAUUUCCUUGUGAACUUCUUAGCGAGCAUGCGUAAUGAUAUGGCGAGAACUUUGCCGUAGACGCCGUCGAUCGCGUUCGAAGAAGCGCACGGGGACAUAGCGUAACCGACGUAUCCGUAGUUCGCAUGAUAUUGAUAUCUUUUGUCGUAAAGCAUAUCUUUUGGAGCGAUAGACUGGACUGGGGAGACUGGACUCCGGGAGUGUGAGACAGAUUUCAGGACGACGAAUGUAAUUAUGAACGAGCGAGCGCUUCGUAAGUAAAUUCUAGAAGAUACCUACAUAACAUAACGUCGAAAAUCGGGACAUGAGACGUAUUUUAGACGUUGCGCUGUGCUAGGUUUCUUCUAGAAUUUAUAUUCACUCGAUUCGCACUUCGUAAUCGACACUGAACACUCAGCUGAGCUCACUACGUAUCGCACUCGUGACCCGUGGAAUUUUCAUCACAGUGCGCGCACGAGAAACCUGUACAUAAUUAUGUGUUACAGUAAACGAGUCGAUUGAUGAAAUACGCCAAGGGACUUUCGUAACGCGGAAUUUCGGAAACCUUGUGGCAAAACCCGCGAGAAGUGUUCUGUUCUUAAAAGGAACGAGUCUCUCGAGGCCAGCUGCGGUUGUCGAUUGCCACCAUUAAUUUGUUUCGAGCGAAAAAAGAAAGAUUCGAUGAGAAUGUCGCGUCCAGUGAAAGCUGCACGCGCGGCGGCUUAACCGUCGCGCUCAAAUCACCCGAGUUUCCGUUUCACAUUCACUUGAAUUCUCGCAGUGAUUAUCGUUCGCGUUUGAUGACUCAUUUACUACAAGAUUACCAAGACGUCUCAAGGACUCUCACUCGACGACUAUAGCAUAAUGCUAGAAUGUUCCGCGUAAUGUCUGAAAGUUUUCAAGAGAAUUACCCAACAAAGUUCACCAAAACUAAAUUAUCGAUAAAAUCACAAACGAGAAAGUAACGGAAAUAUAAAGUGAUCAAUGAGAAGGAUAAAAAAAAAGUUAGGAAAUACAAGCUAGUGAAGUUAGUAACUAAAGUCGCUCCUCUCUCUCUAUAGUAAUUUGUAUCUCAAUGAAAUUAACAUAAAUCCAAUUUCGAAACUGUGCAGUUUAUUACCGCAGCGAUCUAUGUAACCCCAGAUUAUGUAUUGAAAUUUAGAAUAAUUUAAAAUCGGGUUUUUCUAUGUACACACGCAUCACACUCUCGACCCAUACAGCAUAAAUACGCAAAAGACGCCUUGGAGACCCCUGAAAGAUGUCGCACUCUAAAAUCUCUUUUGGAUGUCUCCAAGACACAUCUUUGACAUUUGUGCUGUUUGGGGAUACAAGCAACUUCUACAUUAACGUUAUAAAUUCAAUAUUAUUAUUAUUAAUUUCAUACGUUACCACAUAUAAUAUCGUUAGUGUAAAUAAAUCAUAUCAAUAGUGUGUAAGAAAUGGGAUCAAUUAUGAAGAUCACUUGUGCAGGGCGACUAAUAUGCACGCUCUUAUUGCAUUGUGUGUAAGAAUCGGAGAGAAAUAUAAAAGUUUGUGUGCAAUUACUUUCAUAUUCAUGGCGAAGAAUAGGAAAAAUAGGCGGCGAGUUCAAGAUAAACUUUAAUAAUUCACUUACAUAAUUCACUGUUUUUUUUUAUCAAUUUCACAUGCGUUAUUAAGUGUUGUAUCGUUGGCAUGAUAUCACUGUAAUAAAUGGGGCACAUUAUAGAGAGAA